AUGCCUCCAGCAAAACACUUCAUCCACGAUCCAACCCACCUCGUCACCACAGCACUACUCUCCAUUCCGCGCACGAACCCCUCUGUGCAAUGCGACAUUGAGAAUAAAAUCAUCUAUCGCAAAAAUGGCGUCUCACAGGUGUCGAUCGUGUCUGGAGGCGGCAGUGGCCAUGAACCCUCAUUCGCAUCAUUCGUUGGUGCAGGCCUGCUAUCUGGAGCAGUAGCUGGUACCAUCUUUGCAUCGCCGUCUGCAGAACAGAUUAGGCGAUGCAUACUGCACCGCGUCAACAAAGAGAAGGGUGUUUUGGUAGUAGUCAUGAAUUACACGGGUGAUGUGUUGAACUUUGGCAUGGCGGUUGAAAAAGCGAGGGCGGCAGGCUUCGAGGUAGACAUGGUCGUAGUAGGCGACGAUGCUGGCGUGGGGCGUGCGAAGGGCGGGAAAGUAGGGCGAAGAGGUAUUGCGGGGACAGUGCUUGUGCAGAAGAUUGCGGGCGCGCUCGCUGCGAAGGGAGCGAGUCUCAAGGACGUAACGCGCAUCGCUCAACUCGUCGCAGACAACACAGUAUCAAUUGGUUCAUCGCUGUCCCACGUCCACGUCCCUGGACGCCGGGAACCAGAGGAAGAUGAGCUGAAAGAGGGAGAAGUCGAAAUCGGCAUGGGUAUCCAUAACGAAGCUGGUUCCGAGCGGAAAUCAACCGACCUGCCAGGACUUGUCAAGACGAUGCUGUCGCAUAUCUUGAGCACCGCAGAUAAGGAUCGGAGCUUUUCCAAAAUCACCGAGAAAGACGAGGUGGUGUUGCUGGUAAACAACCUGGGAGGCGUUAGUCCGCUCGAGUUGGGCGGAAUCACAAAUGAGGUUGUCGAGCAAUUGGCAAAGGAUCACAAGAUCCAACCCAUUCGUAUACUCUCAGGCACAUUCAUGACGAGUUUGAACGGACUAGGCUUCAGCAUCAGUCUGUUGAGAGUAGCGGAUACCGGAGUGGGUUCUUCGAUGCUAGAACUACUGGAUGCACCAGCGGAGGCGAGUGGCUGGUCUGCUGCAAUCAGUAGCGCAACGUGGGCGAAGCAAGGAGAGGCGAAGAAGCAGGAAGAGCAGGCUGAUAACGAAGAAAUUCAGCCAAGCAACCUGCGAGUCGACCCUAGUCUCGCAAAGUCAACAUUGAGGGUGGCACUCGAUCGUCUCAUUUCUGUCGAACCAGAUGUCACGAGAUUCGACACAAUCGUCGGAGACGGCGAUUGUGGAAUCGGGCUGAAGCGCGGCGCGGAAUCGAUCUUGAAGAUGCUCGAUACAGCAAAGGACACGGAUGAUCUUCUGAUUCUCGUGAACCAUAUUAUUCAGGUCGUCGAGGUGUCCAUGGACGGAACCUCUGGCGCGAUCUAUGCCAUCUUCUUGAAUGCACUCGCCCAUGGUCUACGACAAAACUCUCCAUCAUCGCCACAACCAGUCACCGCAGGUAUUUGGGCCAAAGCUCUCGAUUCAUCUCUUAAGGCCCUGGGUAAAUAUACGCCUGCCCAGCCAGGAGAUCGUACAUUGAUGGACGCUCUAUAUCCGUUUGUCGAAACGCUGGCCAAGACUGGGAGUAUUGACAAAGCGGCUGUAGCAGCGCAAGAAGGAGCGCAAGGGACCAAAGGAAUGAAAGCGAGCUUAGGACGAACGGUUUAUGUCGGAGGUGAAGGAUUCCAAGAAGUUCCAGAUCCUGGCGCUCACGGCCUCGCGGAGUUACUGCUGGGCCUGAGUGACGGAUUGAAGAAGUAA